AUGUCUUCAAUUGAAUCAGCUCAAAAAGCUCUUCUAGCUGAAGUAGCCAAGCAAGAUUUUGCAUUAAAACAUGUUGAACCACCAGGUGAAUUAUUGUCAACAGCUCAAGCAAAAUUAUUACUUGAAGUACAAGGUGGUAAAUAUGAAUUAAAUCAUGUUGAAAAUCCUCCAAAAGCAGGUUUAACUGAAGCUGAAAAACAAGCUUAUUUACAAGAAAAACAAUAA